AUGGCUACGUCGGCGCAAAAGGUCGUCUUCGGGGCGAUGACGUUUGGUACGGCGGGCGCUGAACAGGCUCGCGUGCACGAGCUGUCGGACUGUGCGACGAUCCUGGACGUCUUCCAGAAGCACGGGCACAACGAAAUCGACACGGCGCGCACAUACGGCGGCGGGUCGUCGGAGACGUACCUGGGCCAGCUGGAUCUGCCCAAGCGAGGCAUCGUGCUGGACACGAAGCUGGCGCCAGGCCGGGGGGGCGGGGGCGGCGCGCAGGCGCACACGUACACGCACCGCCCCAGCGACCUGGAGCCGGCGCUCCGCGAAAGCCUGGCGGCGCUGCAGACGGACAAGGUGGACAUGUGGUACCUGCAUUCGCCGGACCGCAGUGUGCCGUACGAGGACACGCUGCGCGAAGUGAACCGGCUGUACGAGCAGGGCUAUUUCCGGCGGUUCGGCAUCAGCAACUACGCGGCGUGGGAGGUGGCGCAGAUGGCCGAGAUUGCGCGGCGGCACGGCUGGAAGGCCAUUGAUGUGUACCAGGGUGUGUACAACGCGCUGCACCGCGCGGCCGAGCCGGAGCUGUUCCCGUGCCUGCGGCACUACGGCAUCGCCUUUUACGAGUACAACCCGCUGGCCGGCGGCCUGCUGACCGACCGCUACACGCGCGCCGACACGGCCGCCGACGUCGAGCCCGGCAGCCGCUUCGACCCGGCCCGGACGCAGGGCACCAACUACCGCACGCGGUACUGGAACGACGCCUACUUUGACGCGCUGGACGUGGUGCGGCCCGUCGCCAAGGCGCACGGGAUUCCGACGGCCGAGGCGGCGCUGCGCUGGGUCAGCCACCACAGUGUGCUGCGGAAAGAGCAUGGCGACGCAGUGAUUAUCGGCGCCAGCAGCGCGGCACAGCUCGAGGACAAUCUGGCGAGCCUGGAAAAGGGCCCUCUGCCGGACGAGGUGGUUCAGGCGUUUGACGAUGCGUGGAACGUGGUCAAGGCGGCGUGCAAGCCCUAUUUCCGGGCCCGAGCACUCGAUGGCCUGGCCCUUGAUAACGUCGAGGUCGGGCCGCGCCGGGUCCUUGUUAUCGAGGAAGAUGAGGACGGCCUUGGCGAUCUGCGCGACAGGCGUAAAGUACUCCUCGGGGAACUGCUGCCACAGCUCAGUCGUCAGCAGGUUCGUCUUGACCGUGCCGGGCAGCACGGCGUUGACGCGGACGGCGUCGCGCCGCCACAUGACGCGGUCGAUGCAGCGCAUGAGGCCCAGCACGCCGUGCUUCGUGGCCGAGUAGACGGGGCUGCUAAAGGACGGGUACAGCGCGCCGCAGCUGGCUGUGAACUGCUGCGCGAGGUAGGCCGUCGUCGUGGCCGCCGUCAGGCAGACGUCGAUGAUCGUCUGCGUGCCUUUGGGCAGCGGCGGCGGCUCGUCGCUGUUGGACGCCUCGGUGCGGUCAUAGAACUCGUCGGCGCGCUCAGCCACACCGGCAUUGGCAUAGACAAAGUCGAUGCGCUUGUGCAACCGAAAGAUGUCGCGGAAAACAGUGCCCAGAGCCUUGUAGUCGGUCACAUCGACCUGGUGGAAAACGCCGCCGACGACGCCGUCGACGGCCUUGACAGCCGCCGGGUUGUAGUCGAGGAUGUGGAUCUCCCAGCCGGCCUUGCGCGCGCCGAGGGCCGUUGCCGUGGCCAGGCCGAUGCCGCUGGCUGUGCGGGUUAG